CGCACCGCCCGCACCGCCCGCACCGCCCCCGAAGGCAACGCCGGAGGCAACCGCGGGAUGCUCGCAGUGCUGGCCACGUUGCUCGUCUGCGUCUGUGCAUCCUCGGCCACUGCCAUCGAUCUGCUGGAGUCGCUGCAGCUGCGCAACACCACCAGGGCGGGAGUCAGUCUGGCCAGCGGGCCCCAGCGCCACAAGCCUGCUUUCUACUUACAAGGGGACUACAGGGAUCUUAGACUGCCGCCGGCUGAGUACCAGAAAGCAGUGGACCUGCUGCGAGACAACACGGAGUUCACCAUGGCGGCCGUGCUGCGGCAGGAGGAGGCCAACUCGGGGAGCAUCCUGUCCUUCUCGCACGGCUUCAAUAGGUACCUGGAACUUCAGUCCAGCGGGCGCAAGGACGAGAUCAGGCUGCACUACUCCAUGCCGGUCGUGGGGGAGGACGGCCUGGACGGCCUGGACGGCCUGACGCCGGACUCGGCGGGCUCCGCGGGCGGGGCCGGGCCGGGCCAGGGCGCUGGCGGCAGUGCCGGCGGCGUCCGCGUGGAGACGUUCCCGUACCGCCUGGCGGACGGCGAGUGGCACUCCGUGGCGCUGUCCGUGUCCGGGGCGCAGCUCCAGCUGCUCGUCGACUGCCACCCGCUGUACCGGCGACUGCUCAUCGCGCCGCCGGACACCACCUUCGACCGGCCGCAGCUGCAGCUGUGGCUGGGCCAGCGCAACAACAAGCACUCCCUGUUCAAGGGCACACUGCAGGACGUCCGCAUCAUCCCCGGGCCGCACGGCUACCUGCACCAGUGCCCGCAGCUGGACACCAGCUGCCCGACCUGCGGCCAGUUCAGCCAGCUGCAGAACGCCGUGGAGCAGCUCACCAGGCGGCUGUCGCAGCUCAGCGAGCGGCUCGCGGCCGCCGAGGUGCGCGUCGCCCGGACCGAGGAGUGCGACUGCCAGAAGAGCUGCAGGAUCAACGGCAGCGUCCACGCGGACGGAGCCACGUGGCAGAAGGGCUGCCAAGUGUGCGCGUGUGUGCAAGGCGAGGUGCAAUGCCGACCGCUGCAGUGCCCGAUAGCGGCGUGCAAGAACCCCGUCAUCAACCCGGGGGAGUGCUGCCCCAGCUGCCUGAAGCAAUGCUUCCUGCGCGGCGUGCUGUACGACCACGGCGAGUCCGUCAACCUGAAGCAGUGCGUGCAGUGCGAGUGCCGCGACGGCUCCAUGCACUGCAAGCGGAUCGACCCCGAGACCAUGUGCCCCGUCCUCACCUGCCCCGCCAGCCAGCAGUUCGCCGUCCCCGGCGAGUGCUGCAAGUUCUGCCCGGGUGUGGACUACUGCGCCAAGGGGCACACCUGCCAUCAGAACGCGUCCUGCCUCAAUCUGCAGACCACCUACGCGUGCCACUGUGACGUCGGCUUCAGCGGGGACGGCCACAGCUGUAGAGACGUGGACGAGUGCCUGUCCGAGGGCGGCCUGGAGGGCCACCACUGCCACUCCAACACGCGCUGCGCCAACACGCCCGGCUCGUACGUGUGCCAGUGCCUGGACGGCUACCGGCGCGUCGACAAGUUCAACUGCGCCGAGGUGGACGAGUGCACGACGGGCAGGCACCGCUGCCACGAGGCGGCCACCUGCAGGAACACGGCGGGCAGCUACCACUGCCAGUGCGCGGACGGCUACCAGGGGGACGGCUUCAACUGCGAACCCGUGUGCAACCAGACGUGCCUGAACGGGGGCACGUGCGCGUCGCCGGGGCAGUGCGCGUGCCGGCGGGGCUACGAGGGCGCGUCCUGCGAGCUGGACCAGGACGAGUGCGCGGCGGGCACGCACCGCUGCCCCGCCGGCGCGGCCCACUGCGUCAACAUGCCGGGCUGGUACUACUGCCGCUGCCGGCCGGGCUACCGGACGGCCUUCAAGGACUUCGCGGCGCUCGCCGCCGACGCCAGCGACGCCACCGACGCCCAGGGCGCCGUCUGCGUGGACGUGGACGAGUGCGCGGAGGGCAGCCACACCUGUCACUCGUCGGCGAGGUGCGUCAACACGGACGGCGGCUUCUCGUGCGAGUGCGGCCCGGACGACCCGAACUGCAAGCUGAGUUGCGUGGCGGGCGACAUGGAGGUGGGCGACGGCGACGAGGCGGUGCCGCCGGGCCGGCCGUGCGAGCGCUGCUCCUGCUCGGGGGGCGUCCUGUCCUGCCGGGGUCCGGAGUGCGACUGCACUGGAGGGCAGUCCGGGCCGCGGCCGCCGAGAGCGUGCUGCCCGCAGUGCGACCCCAGCGCGUCCUGCCGCCACCAAGAACUGCACCACGUCGUCUUCCGGUCGGGGGAGCGCUGGAUCUACCAGUGCCAGACCUGCGAGUGCCUGUACGGCGAGGUGGACUGCUGGCCCAUGGAGUGCCCGCCCCUGCCGACGGGGUGCGCCGCGCCAGUGCUGGCCGAGGGGGACUGCUGCCCGCGCUGCGAGGACUAUGACGGCGACGCGCCCUGCUCGCUGGACUCGUCCGAGAACGGCACGCAGAGCGGUGGAGGCACGCGGCCCUGCGCCGUGCUGGGCCAGCUGUACGACUCGGCCGCGCCGGGGCCCGGCGAGUCGCGGACGUGGAGCGACAAGUGCGCGGCGUGCAACUGCAAAGUGCCCUACUGCGCCCAACUGGUGAGCUCUAGCGCAGGUUGUCAUGUGCAUCGGACGGACGUCUAUGCUGCAGUCUUGAUUACGGUUGUGUUCCUGACGCUGUCCCGGGACCCCGCGCGGGGGCCGCCCUGGGGGCCUCCUUGGGCGCCUUGGGCCCUGUGGGGCGGGGACGUGGGGGACGUGGGGGACGUCCCGCCGAACCUACCCCCGCCCCCACCACCCCCAGUGCCGGCAGUGCAGGCAGCGCCCCGCCCCCGCCUCCGCCCCCGGGAGCACUGCCCGUCGUCCCCACCGCACUGCCCGACUCUGGAGCAUCGAGGGCCCGAGCACCGAAAACGGCGGUUCGGUCGGUUAAACAAGUUCCCACCGGCCGGAACACCCAGCGCACUGGAGAGCAUAAGACUGAGGCGAACCGGGAGUCCCAGACCGCCACCCCCACCAACACUAUCACCAGUCCAAGCUCGACAAGCUCGACAAGCUCGACGGGGUCAUGGGCUGCUAUGGGCGAGCGCAGCACUGCCUCCGAGGCGCCCCCCGCCCCCAGCAAGAGAGAAAGAGAGACCACCCCGACCUCCCCACCCCCUCCCAUGCCCUCGUCAGCCCUUACGGCCCGCGGCUCCAGCGGCGCCCCGCGCGGCAGGCAGCAAGCCUAGCAAAGUCUAGUCGGAGCAAAGCGCGAAGCAGCGCCAAGUCGCCUUGCAUCCAUGUCCCUGUGUUCAGUCAGUACUUCCAGUCUCGCCGAAAUAAAAUACGACGGGCAAGUUUUUUGUUUCCUUGUUUUUCUAAUAGAUUUGUCUCAAAAGUUCAACGACUGUCGGAAUAAGAAUUUGGGUUCAGCUCAGGUUUUGAACCAUUGAAACGAUGACAGGUCAUUGAAAAUAUUUACCAAAAGACUCGCCAUCUCUUGAAAAAUUUGGAGCUAUGCAUAAUGGAAUGGGAAAAUUAUGUGCAGCAAUACGCCUUCCCCCGACUUGUGGUCAAAACAUGCAUAUGCAACUUUGUAAAAUAAAAUAAUGGUGGAAAAUAGAAUAAAAAUGAUGUUGGAGAUAAUUUUGCUCCAUCUAUUCCCUCUUCAAAAUAAAAAGUUUGAAAAAUAAUAUGAGGCAUCAAUGUUAGUAGUUCUGAUGCUAUAGUAAAUUUUAAAUUUCACUACCGGGCAGUACAAUUAAAUUUCAUUAUGCAAGGCUUUUUAAUUUGUUGUGGGGAAAACACAGAUUUGGAAUUCCCUACAUGUCUACAUGUUAAUUUGACUACAUCCCCUCCCCUUAUUUUGGACUGAGUGAGUUAAAAGUGAACUGACAAUAUAAACUGUACAAAUCUGAUGCUCAACAUGAUCAUUUGUCUAGAUUUAAGAUGAGCAGAUACAUUUCGCUGUAAUGUUAGAGUGCUGUGGGACUUUGGUGAAGGGGGUCACAUGUAAAUCCAUGUAACAAAGUGUUUCGUCAAAAGUAGGAAAAUGUAUUUUAAACUUUGGUAAAGUGUACAAAACUAGUCAUAUGAUCUAAGGUAAUUGGGUUUAAAGUCAAGGUGCAUUUCAUAAAAUGCUUAUAUCUUGAGAUCUGCUCUUAUCAGUAUUUGCAUUUUCACGUGUUUUUUAAUUUAACUGUAUCACAUUCUUUACCACUCCUGUAUUCUUUCUUUCUCUUCUGUCUUAAAAUAUCUACUUUCCAUAUUGAACUAGUCUAAAAUUGGUCAGACAAUGUUAUACUAUGUAGAUGAAGACAGUGUGUUUUGCAGAAUCUGUAUAUUUUGUUUUCUUGUAUAAUUUUAAUUAAAAUUGAAAGUCUAUCUAUUUCAUUCAAUAUGCUAGUCACUUAAGAGACAUAAAUGAUAAUCUUUCAAUUUCAGCCGAGCAAGUUCCUAAUAUAAAAUAAUGUUCAGUAGUGAAUAAGUUUUCCCUGGAAUGGAUAAGAGAGAGAGAGAGAUAGACAAGAAGAUUCUAUAAAAUUUUGACAAUCACAGCUAGAAAAUCGAUUAUGUACCUCCUCUUAUUGUACCCUAUCUGUUUUCUGUGUACAAUUUUCAUUAUUACAAUUCAGUUUGUUCAGCUUGCAUGGGGUUUUCCGGGGGUAGCCAGGUGUUGUCUGUUUCACUAAAAGGCUUGUCACGGCGGACACAAGUGACUCAUAAACAUAGCAACUUGCCUUACAGCUGUAUGAUAUAGUGUAUCCCAGUGUAACAAGACUCCCGUUUGCUUUGCUGUCUGUUGGACCACCUAAAACUUAAAGCUUCAGUGCCUCAUCACAAUGUAAACUCACAAAAGCAAUGAAAUAAGUGAAGAGUUUACCUAGUACGUUUUUGUGUGCCCUUACUCAUGGUUUGAGUUUUGACCUUGGUAGACUUUUGUAACAAUGUUAAUCUUUGAGAAUUGUACUGUUUGCAGAAAUACAAAGAAUGGCUGUAUACACAGCUGAAAUUUUAAAGUUUCAUUGUUCUGUUGAGAGGCAAUAAGGGGAAAUAAAUAAUUUACUGUUGAGGUGCACCUGCUGACUCACCAUUAGUGAGCAUAACAUCUUGUUUGUAAUAGAUCAUACAUUUAACUUUUCAAUUGAAUGAAAAAGAAGCAUUGCGUCAACUGACAAAGUUUGGCGGUAAAUAGCAAUCUUUUCUUUUAAAAAAUAAUUACAUUUAAUUUACUAGCAUACAUGCAAUUAGUAUUUUCCAUGUGCAUGCAAUGCAGUAUCAUCUCUACAAUUGAAUCUUAAGAUUCUCUAAAGUAGAUACACCAGGACAGAACAACGGACCUCUAAUUCAUAAAAACAUUCCAAAUUUAAAUUUUAUGUAAAUAAAGCAUGGAUCACAGAACCCAUCUAUAAUGAGCGCUUCAUUGGGCCGACGAUGACCUUCAAUCCAUUUGCUAUCAGCACCACAUGUAUAUAUCAGAAUAUUGGAGCCAAUUGACUAAUACAGGUUUUGUAAUUUUUCUCUUUCAGUCCGUGCAUGUAUAAUAAUUUGAUAAAGUGAAUAUUUGCAUAAUCAAUGGUGAAGUAGCAACUGUAUGUGUACUUCUUGCACCAAUUGGUAUGCAAUACUGAAAAUAAAAAUUGUAUCUAUUGACCAUUGUCUCUUCCUAGUCGUCAACAGAGCUCAGCUUGUGUAGGCUGAGUUCACCUCAAACUACUUGUUGAUCUAUUGUUUUCCCUCAAGUGGCAUUGUUGAGAAUUGUUUGAGAGAGAAUUGGAACAAGUUUUGGAACGGUUUCUCAAACUCCCAAGUUUUAUGGCAAAUACACAUGUUGAGUUGACA